AUGUACGUACGGAAAGUGGAGGUGACUGACGACGGUCAAUGGUUACAAAUUCUGAGCACGAGCCGACUUUUUGUAGCGCUUAAGCUAACGUCCUCGGGGUGUGGUUAUCCCUGCGGUGUAGUGGAGGAUCAAUUGUCUCAUCUGAGUCAAAUCUUCGGUAGCUUAUUUGAAUGCUAUACAGCCGACAUUUUGGCGCAGCCAUUCUUUGUCAAUCUUUAUGCCAUAAGCAGUGUCCCGACCCUCAUAAUCUUCAAAGAUGGAAAAGAAAUAUUUCGUUUGGAAAAUCCUUUCGAUUGGGGUCAUACAUAUGAUCAAAUCAGGACAAAUGUAUUAGGUUCCGCCAUGCCUCCCUCCGUCUCCGCCCCGCCUCCCUCCAACUCCGCCAUGCCUAGCUCCGGUUCCGGUUCCACCAUGCCUAGCUCCGGUUCCGGUUCCACCAUCCCUAGCUCGGGUUCCGGUUCCGCCAUGCCUAGCUCCGGUUCCGGUUCCGCUUCCACCUCCGCCUCACCGAGCCCUUCUCCGGUCGGCUCGUCUUGA